AUGCCCGAUGGUGGAUAUGGAUGGGUCAUGGUCAUUUGUUUCAUGGUCAUUAACGCUUUUACAUGGGGUGCAAACUCUGCAUAUGGAGUAUUCGAAGCUUAUUACCUCAAAAAUAAUUAUUACGCAGGUGGUACUACAUUCCGAUACGCAUGGGUAGGAGGAUUACAAGGUUCUUUAGCUAUGUUAUGUUCUCCUUUGGCCAAUACGUUGAUGAGGUUUAUAGGACCUAGAAAUGUUAUGUUGAUUGGAACCUUCCUUGCUGCUCUUGGACAAUGCAUGGCAGGUGUAUGUCAUACUUUCGUCGGAUUCGUCUUUUGUCAAGGGGUGAUCUUUGGUCUCGGAGCGGGUUUAGUACUUAUCCCUUCUCAACCUUUGUUGGCACAUUGGUUCAGACGUCGUCUCGCUUUGGCCCAGGGUUUCGGCAGUUCUGGAGUAGGUGUAGGAGGGUUGAUCUUAUCCAACACCACCAGAGCCGCUCUAGACUCUCUAGGGGUCCGUUACACUCUCAUUCUAAACGGAUUGUUAUGUUCCGCACUCACCAUCCCCGCCGUGUUGAUAAUCCGUGGAAGACAUGAACAAUUAGGAGCGAGGAGUCAAAGUUUAGAACUCAAGUGGUUGGCUCAUAAAGGUUUCAUAUGGGUUUUCAUUUGGGGUUCCAUGACGAUGUUAGCAUAUUACGUGACACUCUACUCCAUACCAUCUUACGCCACAUCGGCCUUAUCACUCACUCAAAAACAAGGUGCAGCUCUUCAAUCAAUCCUCUCAGCAGGUCAAAUGAUCGGUAGACCAACGGUCGGUUUAAACUUAGAUCGUUUCGGUAGAAUCAACAUGACGAUACUAGCAUAUAUAAUCUCUGGUAUUUCAUGUUUAACCAUAUGGUUACCAGCUCGUUCAUUCUCCGUUUUAGCCGUAUUCGCUUUGAUACAAGGAUUAGUAGGUGGGACAGUUUGGUCAGCCGCAGCACCUAUCAUAACGAAAGUCGUCGGUAUACAACAUUUAGGUUCUGCUUUGGGUAUUUUUUGGUUAGGUUUAGUACCUCCUAGUUUAUGUGCUCAACCUAUCGCUAUUGCCUUGUUGGAAUAUUCUAAAGAUCAUUUAGGUAAACAAGGUCCAGAAGGGUAUUAUAUUUCUAUUGGGUUUGCUGGUGGGGUCAGUUUGGCCGCAGCGGGGAUUUUGUAUGGUUCAAAGGUUUAUCUACAAGGGAAUUGGAAAGUUUUUGUAAAGACUUGA